CUCUCGUUUUCAAUUUUCGCUGGCGCUCUCUUUUUCUCUUUCUCUUUGGUCUUGUUCUUUUUUCUAUCUCUGACCGGGAAAAACCUCACCAACUCAACCCUAGAUUCUCUCUCUUUCUUCAAUGGCUUUCGCUUCUUUUCUCGGAAGAGUUCUCUUCGCCUCCGUUUUCAUCCUCUCUGCUUACCAAGAAUUUAAUGACUAUGGAGUUGAUGGGGGACUUGCAGCAAAAGCAAUCAGACCGAAAUUUGAUGCCUUCAUACACAAAGUAGAUUCACAAGUUGGCUUCAAUCUUCCAGAAAUUGAUAUAAAGUUUUUAGUUGCUGGGGCUAUUGCUCUCAAGGGCAUUGGAGGGAUUCUUUUCAUACUUGGCAGUUCGUUCGGAGCUGUACUUUUGCUUUUGCACCAGUUGAUCGCCACUCCAAUAUUGUAUGAUUUCUAUAAUUAUGGCAAUGAGGACGGAGAAUAUAUUCAACUUUUCAUCAAAUUCACACAGAAUAUGGCUCUCUUUGGAGCUUUGUUGUUUUUUAUUGGGAUGAAAAAUUCCAUUCCUAGAAGGCAACCCAAGAAGAAGGUUCCCAAAACAAAAACCUACUAGUAGCCGAAAUUUCAAGACUCAUUUUGCAAGAAGGUUCCCUGGUUGAUCAGUAUUCCCAUUCCUCAACUUCCCAGGAUCUGGCUAGUGCUUGUCUGGCACCAGCACAAAUCUCCCCACCAAGUAUUGUAUUUUUAGGUGUAGCAUCAGUCUUACUUGGAUUACACAUGAUUUAUGUAUGCAUAUAUAUUGUUCUUUUGCUCGACAUUAGGAACUAUCUUUCAAUUGCUAAACUUGUCCCACCAAAAGGAGAGUUAAAAUGAUUAGAUUCUGUUUGCUCAAAUGUGGAGAUUGCUGAUUUCGUUCUUUCUAGCGAAUUCGAUAUUAAAGGUCCUAAAAGUGUGGCUGCCAUUGAA